AUGGAUCCUGAACAAAGUGUCAAGGGCACCAAGAAGGCUGAGGGAAGUCCCCGGAAGCGGCUGACCAAAGGAGAGGCCAUUCAGACCAGUGUCUCAUCCAGCGCCCCGUACCCUGGCAGCAGCACGGCCGCCACUCAAGAGGGCCCCCUCCAAGAGCUACUAGCCCCGCAGCCCUUCCCAGGCCCCUCGUCGGUUCUUAGGGAAGGCUCUCAGGAGAAGACAGGCCAGCCGCAGAAACCCCCCAAGAGGUCCUCCAUCGAAGCCUCGGUCCACAUCUCCCAGCUUCCGCAGCACCCUCUGACACCAGCAUUCAUGUCGCCCGGCAAACCCGAGCAUCUCCUGGAGGGGUCCGCAUGGCAGCUGGUCGACCCCAUGAGACCUGGACCCUCAGGCUCUUUUGUGACCCCUGGGCUCCAUCCUCAAAGCCAGCUCCUCCCUUCGCAUGCUUCCAUCAUUCCUCCCGAGGACCUGCCUGGCGUCCCCAAAGUCUUUGUGCCCCGCCCCUCCCAGGUCUCCUUGAAGCCCACGGAAGAGGCGCACAAGAAGGAGAGGAAACCACAGAAGCCCGGCAAGUACAUAUGCCAGUACUGCAGCCGGCCCUGUGCCAAGCCCAGCGUGCUCCAGAAACACAUCCGCUCACACACAGGCGAGAGGCCCUACCCCUGCGGCCCCUGUGGCUUCUCCUUCAAGACCAAGAGUAACCUCUACAAGCACAGGAAGUCCCACGCCCACCGCAUCAAAGCCGGCCUGGCCUCGGGAAUGGGUGGCGAGAUGUAUCCCCCAGGGCUGGAGAUGGAGAGGAUCCCUGGGGAAGAGUUUGAGGAGCCCACCGAGGGAGAAAGCACCGACUCGGAAGAGGAGACGGGCACCACGUCCACACACCCCACAGAGCUCUCCCCGAGGCCCAAGCACCCACUCCUGUCCAGCAGUUUGUACAGCUCCGGGAGCCAGGGCUCCAGCCACGAACGCUGUUCCUUGUCCCAGUCCAGCUCGGCCCCAUCGCUCGAGGACCCCGCUCCGUUUGCGGAACCCUCAUCUGAACACCCCCUGAGCCAUAAACCUGAAGACACCCACACGAUAAAGCAGAAGCUGGCCCUUCGCUUGAGUGAGAGGAAGAAGGUGAUCGACGAGCAGGCGUUCCUGAGCCCGGGCAGCAAAGGCAGCACCGAAUCUGGGUAUUUCUCACGCUCUGAGAGUGCUGAACAGCAGGUCAGCCCCCCAAACACCAAUGCCAGGUCCUACGCCGAGAUCAUCUUUGGCAAGUGCGGGAGGAUCGGGCAGCGGACUGCCAUGCUGACGGCCACCUCCACCCAGCCCCUCCUGCCCCUGUCCACCGAAGACAAGCCCAGCCUGGUGCCUCUGUCCGUGCCCCGGACGCAGGUGAUUGAGCAUAUCACCAAGCUCAUCACCAUCAAUGAGGCCGUGGUGGACACCAGCGAGAUAGACAGUGUGAAGCCCAGGAGGAGUUCGCUGUCGCGGCGGAGCAGCAUGGAGUCACCCAAAUCCAGCCUCUACCGGGAGCCACUGUCCUCCCACAGCGAGAAAGCGAAGCCCGAACAAUCACUGCUGAGCCUCCAGCGCCCACCCAGCACCACCCCCCCUGUGCCUCUGCUGAGAAGCCACUCAAUGCCUUCUGCCACCUGCACCCUCAGUACCCCCCACCACACCUUCCGAGGCAGCUACUCCUUCGACGACCACGUCGCCGACUCGGAAGCCCUGAGCCGCAGCAGUCAACUGUUUACCUCCCACCCCCGGAUGCUCAAGCGCCAGCCGGCCAUCGAACUACCUUUGGGCGGAGAGUACAGUUCUGAGGAGGCAGGGCCCAGCAGCAAAGACACAGCCUCCAAACCUGUAGAUGAACCGGAACCCAGGGAAAGUGACCUCACCAAAAAGACCAAGAAGGGUUUGAAAACGAAAGGGGUGAUCUAUGAAUGUAACAUAUGUGGUGCUCGGUACAAGAAAAGGGACAACUAUGAGGCCCAUAAAAAGUACUACUGCUCAGAGCUUCAGAUGGCAAAGCCAGUCACCGUGGGUGCUCAUGUGUCUCCGGAGGCCGAAAAGAGCCAGGCCGAGCAUGAGCCCUGGUCCCAGAUGAUGCAUUACAAACUGGGGACCACCUUGGAACUCACUCCACUGAGGAAAAGGAGGAAAGAGAAGAGCCUUGGGGAUGAGGAGGAGCCGCCCGGCUUCGAGUCCACAAAGGGUCAGUUCGGCGGCCCUGGGCCUUCAGAGGCUGCUCGGAACCUUCCCUUGGAGUCCAGCAAGUCACCAGCAGAGCCGAGUAAGUCAGUGCCCUCCCUGGAGGGCUCCGCAGGCUUCCAGCCAAGGACUCCUAAGCCAGGAUCCAGUUCAGAAUCAGGGAAGGAGAGGAGAACCACCUCCAAAGAAAUUUCUGUCAUCCAGCACACCAGCUCCUUUGAGAAAUCUGACUCUCUGGAGCAGCCUGGCGGUUUGGAAGGGGAAGACAAGUCUGCGGCCCCCUUCUCAUCACCCCCACCCGCCCCACACGGACGCUCGGCCCACUCCCUGCAGCCCAGGUUGGUCCGCCAGCCCAACAUUCAGGUUCCCGAAAUCCUGGUGACCGAGGAGCCUGACCGGCCAGACACGGAGCCGGAGCCGCCCCCGAAGGAGCCGGAGAAGACAGAGGAGUUCCAGUGGCCCCAGCGCAGCCAGACGCUUGCCCAGCUCCCAGCUGAGAAGCUGCCACCCAAGAAGAAGAGACUGCGCCUGGCAGAGAUGGCCCAGUCAUCGGGGGAGUCCAGUUUUGAGUCCUCCGUGCCUCUGUCUCGCAGCCCGAGCCAGGAGAGCAGUGUCUCACUGAGCGGGUCCAGCCGCUCUGCCUCCUUCGAGAGAGAUGACCAUGGAAAAGCUGAAGCUGCCGGGCCCUCGUCAGACACACGCUCUAAACCCUUGGGCACCCACAUGCUGACCGUCCCCAGCCACCACCCGCAUGCCCGUGAGAUGCGGAGGUCAGCCUCAGAACAAAGCCCCAACGUCUCCCACUCCACCCAUAUGACCGAGACACGCAGCAAAUCCUUCGACUACGGCAGCUUGUCCUUGACAGGCCCUUCGGCACCAACUCCAGCAGCUCCAGUGGCCUCGGCAGCCCCACCAGAGAGAAGAAAAUGCUUUUUGGUGAGACAGGCUUCUCUGAGCAGGCCUCCUGAAACUGAGCCAGAGGCCACCCCCAAGGGAAGACAGGAGAGUGAGGAAGUGAAACCCUCAUCCAGUAAAUCUUUGGCCAAAGGCGCAUUGCCCCCAGUUUCCUCUGCGGCCACCUCGCACAGCGGGCACCCGGGAGGCAAGAGCCAGGUGCAGGAGAGACCAGCGCUGGGGGCCACUCCGCCCUACACAGAAGCACUGCAGGUGUUCCCCCACCCCAUUGCUCAGCUCCCGUUGCAGGAGAAACCCUACCUGCCCCCGCCUGUCUCCCUUUUCUCCUUCCAGCACCUCCUACAGCAUGAGCCAGGACAGUCUUCAGAGUUCUUCCCCACCCAGGCCAUGUCCAGCCUGCUCUCCACACCAUACUCCAUGCCCCCCCUUCCUCCCUCCUUAUUUCAAGCCCCCCCACUUCCUAUCCAACCUACUGUUCUACACCCAGGCCAACUCCACGUCCCCCAGCUCAUGCCUCACCCAGCCAACAUCCCAUUCCGACAACCCCCUUCAUUUCUCCCCAUGCCUCACCCUGCCUCCUCAGCACUUUCUUCUGGGUUUUUCCUGCCUCUGCAAUCCCAGUUCACCCUUCAGCUUCCCGGUGAAGUGGAAAGCCACGUGCCCCAGAUCAAAACUAGCCUGGCCACACUGGCAACAGGAACCCCUGGCCUCUCCCCUAGCACAGAGUACAGCAGUGACAUCCAGCUGCCCACUGUGGCUCCCCCGUCCAGCUGCUCAGCACCCACAUCAGCUCCUCCGCUGGCCCUGCCUGCCUGUCCAGACACCAUGGUGUCUCUAGUUGUGCCCGUCCGCAUCCAGACCAACAUGCCGUCGUAUGGGAGUGCCAUGUACACCACUCUCUCCCAGAUCCUGGUUACCCAGUCCCAAGGCAGCUCAGCAACUGUGGCUCUUCCCAAGUUCGAGGAGCCGUCAUGCAAGGGGACGUCUGUGUGUGGGGCAGAUGUGUACAAGGUCGGGCCCAGACUGGCUGGAGUAAGUGAAGAGCAGAGCAGAGGUUUCCCGACUCCAUUCCUGAGAGUGCCUGUGACAUUACCUGAAAGAAAAGGCACUUCCCUGGCAUCAGAAAGUGUCUUGAGCCUGGAGGGGAGUUCAUCAACAGUGGGAGGAAGCAAACGUGUCCUUUCACCAGCUGGCAGCCUUGAACUUACCAUGGAAACCCAGCAGCAAAAAAGAGUGAAGGAAGAGGAGGCUUCUAAGGCAGAUGAAAAAUUUGAACUUGUGAAACCAUGUAGCGUGGUGCUUAGCAGCACCGAGGAUAGCAAGAGAUCAGAGAAGUCCCACUUGGGCAGCCAGGGCCAGGGCAGGAGGGAACUAGAAACACUCCCCAGCCUGUCCUCAGAUCCAUCUGACCCAAAGGAAAUUCCUCCCCUUUCUCAGCCCUCAUUGCCCCAUGUGACAGCCUCAGGCUCAGAGGCUUUGAAGGAAUAUGCCCAACCAUCUGGUAAACCUCACCGAAGAGGAUUACUCCCAUCAAGUGUGAAGAAAGAAGAUUCCAAGGAACAAGCUGACCUCCCUCCACUGGCACCUCCCAGCUCACAACCUCUGUCAGAAACACCCCCCAGACCAGCCAAGUUGCAAGAAGGUACGGACUCAAAGAAGGUACUGCAGUUCCCCAGCCUCCACACAACCACUAAUGUCAGUUGGUGCUAUUUAAACUACAUUAAGCCAAAUCACAUCCAGCAUGCAGAUAGGAGGUCCUCUGUUUACGCUGGUUGGUGCAUAAGUUUGUACAACCCCAACCUUCCAGGGGUUUCCACUAAAGCUGCUUUGUCCCUCCUGAGGUCUAAGCAGAAGGUGAGCAAAGAGACAUACACCAUGGCCACAGCUCCACAUCCUGAGACAGGAAGGCUUGUGCCAUCCAGCUCCCGCAAGCCCCGCAUGACAGAGGUUCGCCUCCCUUCGCUGGUUUCCCCGGAAGGACAGAAAGAGAUAGCUAGAGUGGAGAAAGAAGAGGAGAAGAGAGGGAAGCCGGAGGAGGACGCUCCCGCCUCCAAGAGAGGGGAGCCGGCGAGGAUCAAAAUCUUCGAAGGAGGGUACAAAUCAAACGAAGAGUAUGUAUAUGUGCGAGGCCGCGGCCGAGGGAAAUAUGUUUGUGAGGAGUGUGGAAUUCGCUGCAAGAAGCCCAGCAUGCUGAAGAAACACAUCCGCACCCACACUGACGUCCGGCCCUAUGUGUGCAAGCACUGUCACUUUGCUUUUAAAACCAAAGGGAAUCUGACUAAGCAUAUGAAGUCGAAGGCCCACAGCAAAAAGUGCCAAGAGACGGGGGUGCUGGAGGAGCUGGAAGCCGAAGAAGGAACCAGUGAUGACCCAUUCCAGGACUCGGAAGGGCGGGAGGGCGCGGAGGCCGUGGCAGAGCACCAGUUUUCAGACCUGGACGACUCGGGCUCGGACUCGGACCUGGACGAGGACGAGGAUGAGGACGAGGAGGAGAGCCAGGACGAGCCAUCAGGCCCGUCCUCGGAGGCGCCCCCGCCUGGCCCGCCAGCCACGCUGCCGGCAGACUCCUCACCUGUUCAGGGCCCUCGGCCCACAGAGGCCACCCGGGGCAGCUCAGUCUCAGAAGCCGAGCGCUCGGCACCCGGCAGCUGCUCCACAUCCAGCCAAAGCAUCCUGUGCCUCCCCCGGCUGGCACCAGCCCCCCGGGGCCCCGUGGAGAAGGACACAGGCUUGGCCCUGAGCUCCCAGGCUGUGUCCCCGAGGAGGCCGUGGUCCCCAAGCAAAGAAGCAGGCAGCCACCUACCACUCAUCCCAGAACACUCACUAACCAAAAACGACUCGUCUCCCCAGCGACAUUCACCGGCCCGAGAGCCACUGGCCUCAGCCCCGAGCCCGCCUGGCCCCCAGACGGGCCCUUUCCCCUGCGGGUCCCCUAGACUCGAGCUGUCUCCUCUUGCCCUCCACCACCUGGGAAGGGAACUGCCUCCUCGAGCACGCCUGCCCCCCGAAAGCAAGGGCGCUGCAGACCCAGGCCCCCCCAGACACUCGCCCACCAGAAGAUGGUCUCCAGGCCAGGCCGAGUCACCACCACGGUCAGCGCUGCCAGGAAAGUGGGCCUUGGCGGGGCCGGGCAGCCCCUCGGCAGCCGAGCGUGGCCCAGGCUCAGGGCUGGCCCCCCGGGCUCUCUACCCACCCGCGCCUCUACCUCACAAGCUUCUCGGCAGAAGCCCAGCGGAGACCUGCACCUCCACGUGGCAGAAGGCCGAGUCGCCAAGUCCGUCCUGUUCACCUGCCCCCGCUCCUCCUCUCUUCUCCCGACCCUUCUCGGCCCCCCACGACUUCCACGGCCACAGCCCGGCCCGGACGGAAAACAUCUUCAGCCACCUGCCUCUGCACUCCCAGCGCUUGACCCGCGCCCCGUGCCCCCUGAUUCCCAUCGGCGGGAUCCAGAUGGUGCAGGCCCGGCCGGGGGCCCACCCUGUCCUGCUGCCCGGGCCCCGCGAGGCCUGGAUCAGCGGCUUCUCGGGGGGCGGAAGCGACCUGACGGGGUCCCGGGAGGCCCAGGAGCGAGGCCGCUGGAGCCCCACCGAGAGCUCGUCGGCCUCUGUGUCCCCCGUGGCCAAGGUCUCCAAAUUCACACUCUCCUCGGAGCUGGAGACCAGGGACUACCCCAAGGAGAGGGGGAGGACGAGAGGGGGCCUGGGCAGACCUCCCGACUGGGAGCCCCAUGCGUCCCAAGUGCCCACAGAGCCCGCGCCGACGCACAGCCCCCGCACCCCACCCGAGGCCUCACCCCGGGCACCCCUGGGCCGCCGGGCAGAGUCCCGGAGCCCCCACCUGGAGUCACCUCGGGUGCCGGCCAACCCUGCGGCCUCCGCCACCCCGCCGCUGGACCGCAGCAGUUCUGUGGGCUGCCUGGCCGAGACCUCUGCUCACUUCCCAGCCCGAAGGAGGAACCUCUCUGGGGAACCCAGGACCAGUCAGGGCUCCCCCCAGCCCUUGGGAAGUGGGGGGCCCGGGGCACCUCCACACCAGCCCGAGGACCGGGGGCCCCGGAGCACUUAG